AUGUGUGGUUGUUGCUAUGUCAACAAAACCACUGAUAAUUUCAUACAUCCCUCUAGUACAGGCAUACUAGAAGAAAAUGCUACAUUCCAAAAUAUUAAUGUUACCUCUGAUGAACUCAGUUCUUCCUCAACUAAUUUUGACAUUAUUGUUCCAAAUGACUUCAACAUUGCCUCUGAUAAUCUUUACAGCACUAUUUCUAAUGAUUUUGAUGCUAUUACUUCUGAUGCUUUUAAUGAUUCUAGUACUACCACUCUUGGUGCUUUUAAUAAUUCUGAUACCAUCGCUCCUGAUGUAUUUAAUAACUCUGUUACUAUUGCUAAUGAUGCUUCUAAUAUUGGCACAGACAACUUUGGUAAUAUUGUUUUUGAUGAUCUUAGUGCAAUUAUUCCUGAUUCUGAUAGUAUUUCCUAUAAUGAAAGCGAGUAUGAUGUUCAGGAUAAUAACGAUUCAGAUGUAAUGAUAUAUGAUCUGGAUAAAGUGCAUGAAAUUAUUGCCAAUAAAUUUGAAGAAUUUGAAAUUUUCAAUGACUCUGUAAAAUUUAUCUUUAAGGUCAAGUUGGAUCAAGACCUUCUUACUGAAUUAUUAUUAGAUCAAGACACUCAACUCCAGCAAGGAACUUAG